AGUUUAUUUCAGUAAGCGGUAAACGAAUUAUUUCUUCUAACUGGAGGACCAAGCGGGCAGCUUCCAAGCUUUUCCAUUUUGAACCCCAAAGCCUCGAAACCCUAAAUUAAGCCUCAGUAAGCUUGCAUUCUUCUUUGGCUACAAGAUUAUUACUUCUCCGGCAGAAGUAUCCUCGAGUACGCGCCGAGUAUGAACAUCUUCAAGAAGAAAAUCACAUCUAAGGAUGCUCUUAGGAACAGUAAAAGAGAAAUGACUGUCGCCACUAGAGGCAUUGAACGAGAGAUUGCAUCUCUGCAGUUAGAGGAGAAGAAGCUGGUUGCAGAGAUAAAGCAGACUGCCAAGACUGGAAAUGAGGCUGCUACUAAGAUCUUGGCUCGUCAGCUCAUACGGUUGAGGCAGCAAAUCACUAAUUUGCAGGGUAGCCGUGCUCAAAUAAGAGGUGUGGCUACUCACACACAAGCCAUGCAUGCAAGCACUUCCGUUUCUGCUGGGAUGAAAGGUGCAAGCAAAGCAAUGGCUGCCAUGAAUAAGGAGAUGGAGCCUGCAAAACAGGCAAAAAUAAUGAAGGAAUUUCAGAAACAAUCAACCCAAAUGGACAUGACGCUUGAAAUGAUGUCAGAGGCAAUUGAUGAAACAUUGGAUAAAGAUGAAGCAGAAGAGGAAACAGAGGAGCUAACCAACCAGGUCCUGGAUGAGAUUGGCGUGGACAUUGCAUCACAGCUGUCAGUUGCUCCUAAAGGUCGCAUUGCAGUGAAUAAUAAGAAGGUCGAUAAUGCUGCAAGAACUGUAGCACCGGAAACUGAUGAGAUUGAUGAUUUGGAGAAGAGGUUGGCAUCCUUACGGCGAGCCUGACUGAAUAAUGAUCAUCGAAGUUCUGCAUGAAUUUGCCUGUUUAAUAUUAACGCUUCAGUUUCUUUGUAUUCUUUGGAUGUUUCUUCCUAGAAAUAGAUGCAUCUUUGUAUGGUAUGCAUUUGCGAAAUCAUUGAAGAAUUGAGAAAUAUUUAUAUUUUUCUGCAAUGGGAUUUACAUACAUAUUAUUGAGUGAUAAUAUUUUGUUUUAGAUAA